GAUUUUGUAAUGUGAAUACGAACUAUUCAAAUGAAAGUGUCUCAAGUGCUAUUUGAUUUGAGCACCAUUUUUGUGCUAUUGAUUGUGCUGUUAUCAACAUUAUUUUUCCAAUCUAGUUUUGCAGUAGGAAUCGAUGAAGAAUCAGAUGGUCCAAUGAAACGAUGGAAUGCUGGACAAAUGAUGACUGUCGGUAUACCUAUUGAAGAGGCUAUUGAACGAAUACGUUCCAUGCCACAUCGUCGUAAUGCAUUGAUAAGAAGCUUAGGAGCUACAUCUCUGACACAACGAGCUGGUCGUAAUCUUAUAUUCCGUGUAUUUCUUACAAUAGGUCAUCAAAAUGGACUGACACAAUGUACAGCACAGGUAAUGUGCGAACAAACCUGUCAAGAUGAGAUGAACAAGUCGGCCAAUAAUUAUUUUGAUACAUACCCAACUGAUGAUGCAUAUGUAUCAUAUAUAUUGGCAGCGAUCGAAAAGGGUAGAGAAUUAGGUGGCGCUUAUCAUUGUGACCAAUGUCACUUAUUGUAUCCUAAAUGUAACAAUGAAGCUACUCGUCAACAAGUAUUGACUAAAUACGCAUAUUUAAUGGAUGUAACCAACUAUGUAAUUAACAAGAUUCCUUCAUAAGAUUCUGUCUAAGUUUUGUCCGUUUGCCAAAUUCUUGGAUAAACUGU